CGGGAUGUGUUGCUCAAUGUCCAUGGGAUUUAUACAGUUGGAGUUGAUGGUGAUUUCUUCUUUGUGCUUAAUUUUCCAUUUCUUAGUACAGAGAGUAAUAUACAGAUCGAUGGGUGGUUUUCUUGUGAUGACCUGGAGGCUGCUAGUGGGGGCUGUAGAGUAGGCUUUUGCAAUGUAGAGAAGUGCCUGCCGCUGAGCAGAAAGAAGUCUGCGUUUAUUAUGGGAAUGGUGGAUAGCGUGGCCCCAGGUGCCGCUCGCAUAGGUAAUGAUUGGUAUAAAAAUCAUGUCGUAUAUCAAGUUCAUAGCAGUGGAGUUAAGCCCCCAGCUGGACUUAGCAAUCUUGCCGAAGGAAUGAAAAAUGAGUCCAGUAUGUUUAGUUAUAUGCUGAAUGUGGGGGACCCAGGACAGUUUGUGGUCCAGAAGGACUCCCAGGUAUUUCAUUGUUUUUGUAAUCUUAAUGCUGCUACUAUCCAUCUUGAUAGUUGGAACACGCUUGUAAAGAUGUGGCUUACCAGGCCUGCUAAAUACGAUGCCGUUAGUCUUGUCUGAAUUAAAAUGUAGUUUAUAGUCCUUGCCCCAUUGGACAACUUUAUUUAAUAUGGCGGUGCCUCUCUGUUCAAGCUCGAUCCUGGAUUUUCCACCAAGAAGUAGAAGGGCAUCGUCAGCGUAAGCGAAAGAGCAGUGCUGGCCAAAGUCUUGGUUUAGAAAUUCAUUGAAAAGAACAUUCCACAGCAGUGGGCCUAACGCAGAGCCCUGAGGGCAGCCCCUGCUGACCUUUCUCUCGAACUGUAGGCUUCCUGAUUGUAUUGUGGCAGUCCUAUCACAGAGGUAGUCUUUGACAAUGCUGUAUAGAUUGGCAGGGCAACCAUAUUUCCUCAGGUGGAAGAGAAUUAGUGGCCACCAGGCACUGUCGAACGCCUUGCUAAUAUCAAGUCCGAUGCCCAGGACAUACUUGUAAUUGAUAAGCAGUUGAUUAACGCCGGAAGUGGCGUUUUUGAUGGCAUCUGAUGUAGAGUGCUGUUUCCUGAAACCGUAUUGGUGUGGGUGGAGACUGUUUGUGGCUUCCAGGUGCCAUCCAAUCCUGUUGGCCACCAGUUUUUCCAAAAUUUUCCCGAGCACUGGCAGGAGAGAUAUGGGCCUAACGUCAAGUGGCUUGCCAUGUUUUGGAAUAAGAACCAUUUUGGCCUUUUUCCAGGUGCAUGGGAAUAUUCCCCAUUGAAUGCAGCUGUUAUAUAUUGCUAUUAGGUGUUCAGGACAAUGAUGCCAAAUUUGCUGCGCCAUUUCCGGCGUGAUGUUGUCGAUCCCAGGUGUUUUCCUCUUGUUUAGACUUUUGAUGACCUUGUCUAUCUCGUUAAAGUUCAGAAGAGGACUGUUGUUGGUGUGAAUGGGAUUUGAUACACAAUUCCUGAUAUAGCUAUGCCAGGGACUGUCUUCGUUGUCAUCAUCUGCUAAGCAAAUGGUAUCGAAGUAGGCGGCAAUAGUGGAGUGUAGAUCUGUAGUGUGAAUGCCAUUUACAGGCCUGGUGGUAAAGGCACUUCUGGCCUUAAGCUUUCCAGUGCACCAUUUGGACAGGAAGCCCCAUGGGUUGUUGGAAGCCUGCGUGCAGUAUUCCCUCCAGGAGGAAAGCUUCGCCUCCCUGAUGCUGGCCUUGUAUGUCUUCUGAUGAUCCAGGUAAAUUUGCUUAUGCUGAGUCCUUUCAGGCUCGGUGGUAGUAUUUUGGAAUUUCCAACGAAGCAAGAUGUUGGUUUUUCUAAGUUGAGAGAGUGUGGAGUUCCACCAAGGUACACUCUUAACCUUUCUAGUGCCCUUCGGAAUGGUGCUGUUGCAUGCAUCAGAGAUUAUUUUGAUAUUCUUGUUAAUACUGGCACGAGCUUCAACUGAGUCGUGGACAUCAAAAGAAACAGAGUACUUGGAUAUGUAGUUGGCAAAAAUGUUCCAGUUGGCCCUGGAAGUCUGAAACCUGAGAGGAUCAGAAAGGCAAUUAAAGGAAUGAUGUGAUGAAUGUGAAGGAAUCAAUGAUGAAUGUGACCAACUAAAUGAUGUGAAACACUACAGAAGUUGAGUUGGGCCAAUUAGGUGCGAACAAUGUUAUGGCUGGUGAUCGCUAGUUGGUCGGCCGGGAAUCAUGCCCCAUCACAUUUGCAUACAGUUCAGUAAGCACUAAUUGGUCAUUGAGCCCAAUGUCGACGCUAUGAAAAGGUUAAGUUGAAGUGAGAGUGGAAAGUUUACUCCAGCAUGGGAACUUCGUAAGUUCAGUACGUCACAACCAGAUAUACGUCGUUUAAGUUAGACUUGGGAAUUUUUUAUUCAAUAGUAAAUGUGAAUUAUUCUUCAUGGAAAAAUAAGACAUCCCCUGAAAAUAAGACCUAGCGCAUCUUUAAGAGCAAAAAUUAAUAUAAGACUGUCUUAUUUUUGGGGAAACACGGUAAUAAUUAUUUACAGCAUUUUUUCAAGAAAAUGCCUUUUUUGUUAAAUUUGUCACCGAUAUCUAGCAUUGCAUUUAAAUAACCCAAAGCGAAAGGGUUAAAGUCGUGUCGAGUCCAUUUUUAAAUUGCCCCCCUGUAGGGCGUGGGCCCCACAUUGGGAAACACUUGUCUAUACGCACCAACUCCCCGGGACCUGCCACUGUCAUUCAUUCCCAAACACCUGUAAAACAGAAAACAUUAAUAAAAUUGAUUUAUAAAAUGAACAUGACAAUAUGUUGUCAUGUUCAAAGCAUUAAUGACAUAAAUACACGAAAUUUAAAAAACUCACCUAAGGAGAAGCGACUGCUUCUUUGGGUGCACCACACGUGUUCUGGGUUAAACCUGGUGCAGGGUGGGUGACGCACUCACAUGGUCCUGCUGUUCGACGAGCAAAAUACCUUUUCAUCAGUUAAAACGACCUUGGCCCAGUUCGCCACUUCCCAACUGAAAUAUGUUUGGGCGAACCCCAGCCGAUCAAACUGGUUGUUGACUGUAAGAAACUGCUUUUUGGCUGCCCUCCUUCAGUGUAGAUCGAAUAGUCUCAACCUAUAAAUAUAGUAAAAAGCACAUAUGUAUUAUCCUGCUUCCUACAUUUCUGUACAUGCAAGAACACAUUAAUAAAGUUAUAUUUCUAUGGAUAUAAUGAACUGCCAGAAAUACAUUUCGUUGGAAGGUUAUAAUAUUAUACUACAAACGUUACAUACCUCUGUUUUACUGUAUCUACAGAUAUACCAAGAUUCAAUUUCUUUUUCAACAUGGACACAGUGGAAAAAGGCCUGGCCUCACUGCUGUCCUUUAAACGGGCGUCAUCUUCUGUUGUCGUCCCUUGUUGCCCCUUCGCCUUUCCAGGCUACACAGAACUGUUGUACUGGUACAGUUUAAGGAUGUGCGACACAGCUCGUGUCAAUACACUCAGCAUAUCAGCAAUUUCUUGGUAACUGCAUCCUUCUUUGUGAUGAUGCAUGAUUAGCAAACGUAUAUUCUUGCUUAUUGCCUUCGGCAUGAUGAAUGGAUUAAUGCAGCAUUUUAGCAACGGCUUUAUAUACUGUCGCUGCCCUCGACACGUUAUGCAAAUGAGUCCCUUAAUUUUUCCGCAACAACUUCUCUGACAUUAAACACUUGACAUCAUCUACCUCAUCUCUCUGUGUGGCACUCCAGGAAACACAUCUAAAACCUGGAGAAAAUAUUUCUUUAAAAGGAUUCAAUCUCUAUCGCAAGGAUGAAGAUAGCCACAACCGUGCCAGUGGGGGUGUGGCUAUCCUGGUUUCAAACCACAUCCCAUCCUUACCGAUACAAAUAACCACUGAUUUGCAAGCUGUGGCAGUCAAAAUUUCAAUUGGCGUAACUGUCACAGUUUGUUCUAUAUACUUGCCACCAGACGUCAGAGCCAAUGAGGAUGAUUUGGAUGCAUUAGUUGAACAGCUGCCAACUCUGUUCCUGUUACUCGGUGAUUUCAAUGGUCACAAUCCGAUGUGGGGCAGUCCCGACAUUAAUCGUCGAGGCAGGACCGUUGAAAGAUUCAUAGGCAAUCAGCAAAUCUAUUUAUUUAAUACGGGAGAAGUGACGUACUUUCAUGCCCCAACAAGAACAUUCACUGCCAUUGAUCUAUCAUUAGCAAGUCCAAACCUGUUUUCAGCAUUUUCAUGGGAGGUUGGAUCUAAUCCACUCUCUAGUGACCACUUCCCAAUAUUUCUAAAAUAUCGAGGCAGAGAAAGCUGUGAAACAGCCCGUCCACCACGCUGGAAACUUGAAACGGCAGAUUGGCCUUCAUUUUCCACUUUGGCUAACAUCACUGAGGAAAUGGUCAAUACUGCUGAUAUCAAUGAUGCAGUUGAGGUUGUCACUUCGAGUAUCAUUCAGGCAGCAGAAAAAACAAUGGGGAAGACAUCAACUAGAUAUCCAAAACAUCCGAAACCAUGGUGGAACCAGAAUUGUGAGGCAGCAUUUAAAGCACAAAAGAAAGCAUGGGGGAUUUUCAGAAGAUACCCCACUGCUGAAAAUUUGAUUGCUUUUAAAAAAGCAAAGGCAAAUGCCAGAAGAAUAAGAAGGCAAAGCCAAAGGGAUUCUUGGAGGAAGUAUGUUUCUAGCAUAACAUCUUCCACUAGCUCAAAAGCAGUCUGGGAUAAAAUCCAUAAAAUUAAUGGGAAAUAUGCUUCUCACUCUCUGUCCAUGCUGGAAAAUAAUGGCACAAUAAUCAGCGAUAUACAGGGUAUUGCUGAU